UAAACACCAGAAGAAGACGACGAAGAAGAUAAUACCUCUGGGUUCCGCUAUUGAACACCGAUUCAGUAUUUCACCAAAACAAUAAACACCGAUAUUCUGUUUAUAAAGUUUAAAAUCAGGUGAAUAAUCCCGCUUAGUGACUAUAUGUUUUUAAGGUUUGUGUGUCGGUAAUGAGAGGAAAGUUCACGCGCUGUUUCCGGUGUGGUGAUUAAUCAAACAGGAAGAAGCGGUAAAUAAUGAAGGGGGGGAAAAGGCGAUCUAAACGAGCUAAACACACACACACUGUGGAGACACCGAACAGCACACACACCGGUGAGUACACACACACACACACACACACACACACUGCGGAGACACCGAACAGCACACACACCGGCAGACUGAACUCAAAGAUCUGUCGGUUGUGUCAUGGGCGGUUCUCGGCGAGGAAGCUGCGUUGGGCUUUUGGGAAGCAGCCUGACCCGAUAACAUGGCCUUCAUCGACUGAACGCUCAACACCGCACUUCUCUACGGACUUCCAGCAGCUGCUGGGCGUGUCUGUGCGGCACGACUCGACACUCUCACCGUACAUCUGCUGUGACUGCCACAGUCAGUUCUACCAGUGUCACAGCAUCCUGCAGGCCUUCAGACACCGGAUCAACUCAUCACCAUCGCUCAGCCCCAACACGGAGAGGUGCAAUUCAACAUGGACGAACAACACAGACGAACUAGAUCAGAGCUCUCCGUCCAUCCCCUCUGACCCUCACUGUCUGCUGCGCCUGGUGUCAUGGACUCACGAGCAUGCGGGGAGCUGCAGUUUCCCUCCCGGGCUGCAGGAGGUGCUGGAGGAGCGGUGUGGAGGUGCGGUCAGGGUGGUGUGGAGCUGCGAGAAUGGACACUCCUACACCAUGGACAAUGGCGUGUGGGAGAGACACGGAGAUGACACGCACCCACACAACCACCAACUAAUCACAAGCAGAGAGGAGGACUCCACCCAUGCCAAUAUAGAGCAGACACAGAGCUCCGCCUACAGUCACUUACACGCAAAGGACCCGGAUGGUGCUCAGUGUAGAGACAGGGUCCUAUCACCUGCUCAGCGUUUAGAGGACAGCGACCUGUCAGACAGGAAUUUCUACAGUGAGGAAGAGGAGGAGGCGAGGAAGAGCAGCUCUAAGAAGACCGGUAAAGACAUGAAGAAUCUGCAGCCUAAAGAGAGGAAGAAACCCGGCCCCAAACCUGGGUGGAAGAAAAAGAUGAAAUCAGAGAGAGAGGAGCUCCCCACCAUCUACAAAUGUCCUUAUCAGGGCUGUACAGCAGUGUACAGAGGAUUGGAUGGCAUGAAGAAACAUGUAAAGGAGCACCAUGAAGAAGUGAGGAAGCGGCCCUGUACUCAUCCGGGCUGCAACAAAGUGUUCAUGAUCGACCGCUACCUGCAGAGACACAUCAAACUCAUACACACAGAGGUAAGGAACUACAUCUGUGAUCAAUGCGGUCGGACGUUUAAACAGAGGAAACAUCUCUCCGUGCACCAGAUGACGCACUCAGGAGCCAAACCACUGCAGUGUGAAGUGUGUGGUUUCCAGUGUCGUCAGAGAGCGUCCCUGAAGUAUCACAUGACCAAGCACAAGGCGGAGACGGAGCUAGAGUUUGCGUGCGGCGUUUGCGAGCGGCGCUUCGAGAAAGCACACAACCUGAACGUCCACAUGAGCAUGGUGCACCCACUGUUACAGGAGCACAACACACACACACAGUGACACUGAUCACACCGGCUGUGUUCCAGUCAUUAGGGAGCGUGCGCGUGUGUGUAUGUCAACUUAUGGUCAUGUGAAAGGGGCGUAAACAUGCGUCCUUCACGUAUAAAGUAAUAUCGGGACUGAGAGGUCACUCUGACGCAUGCUAUAGCCUGAAGUGACCACUAAACACACUUCUAAGUGCACUUCGAUGCAUCACUGUGUUUUAUUGCAUUUCACAUCGCUGUAAAGAACACUGUCAAGUCUGUUCAUUUCCUGUUGUGCCUGAAUCCCAGAAUUCCGUCUGCGUACCAAUGCCAGUCUAUGACUAACACAAUCUUCCUGUAGUGAGAGUUCGUCAAGAGUCAAACAGGAGAAGUGUUCUCCCCCCAUCACGCAGAAGUCCUGCAGGUCACAGGUCAUCGGAGUUCAUCAGAGCCGAGAGCGCAGCUGCCACCUCAGGGUCCAGCUCCAUACACUCUGCCUCCAUCUGAGAGCGAGGGAGAGAGUUUUUAAAUACACACAACACACACAGAUUCCCCCUAACUAGGUAGGUGUGUGUGUGUGUGUCAAUUAAUAUACAAAGUGAUGUUGACCAUAUCAGCCUGCUAAUGAUGCUAUCAUGCAUCAGAGAAUGAAACCAGGUGCCUAUUUAAUAUAGAACAGUGGAAAAGCAUUAUAUGGGAAAUAUCUAGACUUCACUUGCUGCGGCCCAACUCUGGCAACCCUGAAUAAACCUCAUAUGUUAAACAGUCCUCUGUUGAGAUAUGAAUGCUAUUGAAAUGUUCCUGUUUUUAAACAGCGCUAUUUAUUUAUUUAUUAUUGUUUGAGUCAUCUUACACGUUAUAGAACAUCCUUACAGCAAAUGAAAGGGGAGUCGUACCUGGAAAAACAGGACAGUGGGGCAAAUAGCGCCUAGUGCAAAAUGUGCGUGUGUGUGUGUGUGGGGCAGACUGAGAGAUUUUUUAUUUUGACCAGUGCAUAUGUUGAUGCAGCUGUUUUGUAAUAAACACACAGAACCUGA